AGUCCAGUUGUUCAAAACUGAGAAGGGACUAAACACACUGCUGCUCCUCUCUCACCACCAAACCCGGCUCCACACAGCAAGGGUUCGUUCCCCUCUGGGCGUGAUGAUGAGAUGAUGUGCGCAGGCCAACACUCUGAUCUGAUUUAUGUCUCAUACAACUAACCAGGUACAUCAUGAACACCAACUACAAUGUCUCCCUGGAUGGCCCCGCCCCUUGGGGCUUCAGACUGCAGGGAGGGAAGGACUUCUGUCUGCCCCUCACCAUCUCACGGCUGACUGAUGGAGGCAAGGCCGCCAAAGCCAAGAUGAGUGUUGGAGACAUCAUUCUGUCGAUUAAUGGGAUUUCCACAGACAGCAUGAAUCACCUCGAGGCCCAGAACAAGAUUAAGGCCUGCACAGGCCAUCUCAGCCUCACUCUACAGAGGCCCUCUGCUGCCCCUCCUAAAGAUGGAGUGCCUAAGGAUGAACCUCAAGAAAUCAUUAAGCCCGUUCCAAUCACUCACCCUUCCCCAAGCACCACAUACACCAAGCCAAUAAGUCAGGCCACUCCUGCAUACAACAAGACCGCUCGUCCAUUUGGCGGCAGCAGCAGUGGGGCUUCCUCCUCACCGGCUGCUCCUAAAGUCGCUUCUAUACCCUCUGAGUCAUCCGCUUUUACACCAGCUGCCCCUUCCCAACUGCCGCAACCUCCGUUUCCGCUGAGGUCGAGCCAAGCUGCCACAGACUCGGCUCCAGCCAGUUCAGUUCCCAAACCCAGCCCUGGUCGCUCCACCUUCACGUCCUCAUCCACCUCUUCCUCCUCAUCCAACUCCUCCUCUCCUGCCAGAAUGACAACCACCUCCUCCCAUCCUAACGUCCCACAGCCCUCUGUCUAUAACACACCUAUUAACCUUUACUCCAAUGCCAAUGCUUGUGAGGUGGCUAUCGGACAGAGGCGAGGUCUUUUGGAGAGCCAGGGAGUGUCAGAGCAUGUUAAUGGGAAAGCCGCUGUGCAGCCUGAGAAUCAUUCAUCCCCACUAAGUGAUGCCAGCAAGAAGCGUCUGAUUGAGGACACAGAGGACUGGCACCCACGGACAGGCACCUCCCAGUCACGCUCCUUCCGUAUCCUGGCCCAGAUGACUGGCACUGAGAACGAACAAACCCCAGACAACAGUGGAAAGAAUGAGUCUGUUGAGAAAACCAAUCCCACUGUGCACACCUCACCUGCAGCGAAAACAUACUCCAAACCUGCAGUGGCACCCACAAAUGGCAAGGUUGUCCCUGCUUCCUCAUUUAAAAGUCCUGCAGCCCAGAACAAAGCCCCCUAUCAGCCUGGAGCUCCAUCAGGUUUUCCUAAGGGUGGAGCACUUCCUUCAUUUGGCAAAAUCACCAAUCCUGCUCCAAAAGGACCAGACCGUCCCACCCCGCGGCCACAUCCCGAGGACCUCAACUCUCUGGUACAGCGUGCUGAGCACAUCCCAGCUGGUACGCGCACCCCGAUGUGCUGCAAGUGCAACAAUAUCAUCAGGGGACCAUUCCUUGUGGCCAUGGGUAUGGCAUGGCACCCUGAGGAGUUCAACUGUGCUCACUGCCGCUCCUCCCUGGCAGACCAUGGAUUUGUGGAGGAGGGGAACCAGGUGUACUGUGUGCAGUGCUAUGAGCAGUUUUUUGCUCCCACCUGCGCCCGCUGCCAACAGAAGAUUCUGGGGGAGAUCAUGAAUGCCCUGAAACAGACCUGGCACGUGUCCUGUUUCGUCUGCUCGGCCUGCCACCUCCCAAUCAGAGGCAACACGUUUCACAUGGAGGACGGACAGCCAUACUGUGAAAAAGACUACUACAACCUGUUUGGGACCAACUGUCAUGGCUGCGACUUUCCCAUUGAGGCUGGGGACAAGUUCUUGGAGGCUCUAGGAUUCACCUGGCACGACACCUGUUUUGUGUGCGCGGUGUGCUCUACUAACCUUGAGGGUCAGGCAUUCUUCUCCAAGAAAGACAAACCUUUGUGCAAGAAACACGCCCACACCGUCAACAUCUGAGCUGACCUUCUGUGAAUAUACAUAAGAGAGAGAGGGGGCAUCAGUUUGCAGCAAGUUAUAUUUCAAGCAAAUGUUAAAUAUGUUCUUGAUUUAAACAAAAAUAAAUAAAUAAACUGGAUUACUGGCAUUCUUUAAUAAUAAUAAUAUUUGGUCAUAGAUUCCACUGUAAGCUUCAUUCUGUGCUCUAGUAUUGGUAUUAGCUAUUAUCAUUAGUUAUUUCACAUAACUUUUAGUAGAAUAUGCAAGAGUAAAUUCAGUGCACUGUUGACUUCUUUGUCAGUUCCGGAUCUACACUGAUGCAUUUUUAAUACCCAUGUUGUGGUGGUGGUGUGCUGAAGAUGAGAAAAAAUUAGUUUACAGGGUUUAAAAAUUAAGCUUAUUUAACUUUAAAUAAUAAUAAAAACAAAGUAUAUUUUAGACAGGGAUCACUCAGUCUGGCAAAACAAUGGGAAAUAUUAUUAAUAGUAAUUUUUAGUAAAAUCUUUAAAUGAUGUGCUGUUUAGUUAUCACAAUGAAAUGAAAACACCAGGCAGUAACCUAUUAAAAUGUGCAAUUUAUAUAUUGUGCGUGUAUUUUAUUAUUGAUGCAUCUAGGAGUAUUUUUGAAAAGACUUCCUAAUGUCAAGUGAAUAAAGUGGGGACAUCCAGCUGUUUCUGUUCAUGUUGUAAAGUCUAUACUUCAGUAGUUAAAUGUUUGAAUGAGCAUCCUUCCAGUGGUAUUGAACCAGCUCCUGGCAUUAAAAUGCAUUUUAUUUUUCCUAUUUUGUGCUAAACCAUUCAAUCACAGUUUUGUGGGAUUUUCAGGUUACCAAAAAACAAUUUUAAAAUAUAUUUUCAAAAGUGGAGUUCUGCUGUCAGGUUUUGGUUUGUUUGUUUUGCACACUUUCUAUGCAUUCAUUGAAAUAAAACAGUCCAACAUUG